AUGGGCUCUUCACAGAGUCUUGAAGUACCGGGUGGAGGUUCAGAAGGAUAUCAUGUUUUGCGGGUUCAAGAUGGGUCUCCGGGUCAAAAAGCGAGACUAGAACCGUUUUUUGAUUUUAUCGUGUCAAUAGAAAAUACUAGACUAGAUCAAGAUAAUGACACAUUGAAGGAGUUAUUAAAACAAAAUGUUGAUAAAAACAUUAAAAUGCAUGUUUAUAGUAGUAAAACUCAAUCAGUGAGAGAAGUAUCAAUUACACCUUGUGCGAACUGGGGUGGUGAGGGUCUUCUUGGUGUCAGCAUACGAUUUUGCUCAUUUGAGGGAGCAACUGAAAAUGUUUGGCAUAUAUUGGAAGUUCACCCAUCAUCUCCGGCAGAACUAGCAGGAUUAAGACCAUUUUCUGACUACAUAAUUGGUGCAGAUUCAAUUAUGCAUGAAAGUGAAGAUCUAUUUACUCUGAUUGAAGCUCAUGAAGCGAGACCUCUUAAGCUGUAUGUUUAUAAUGUUUCGGAGGAUGUAUGUCGUGAAGUUGUUAUAACACCAAACCAUAACUGGGGAGGAGAAGGUAGCCUGGGCUGUGGAAUUGGAUAUGGAUACCUUCACAGGAUUCCCAUUCAAUAUGAAGCAAACAAGGCAUCAAAGAUGGCUAAGCCUUUUGAGGAGAUACCACAAAACCAAGCUAGUGGUUUACCAAAUGUCAAUGUAACUACAAAUAUUCAAGCACAAAAUGUUCAGGUUCCCCCACCAUUUUUGUCUGGAGUACCUAUGGUGAAUCCAGGAAUAAGUAAUCCUGUGACUGCAAAUGCACCAAUAAAUGUUGAACCACAAUCAUCAAUUCAGACAACAAUGUCACAACCUUCAUCUGUAGUAUCUAAUAUGCCACCCUAUUCUACAAAUUUUGCUGAUACAACACUAAUGAACUUAGGCAGCAACCCAUCUGUAUCCAACAUGCAGCCACCAGCUCCAUUGCCAAGCUUGCCAGGCAUUCCUAUGAACCAGCCACAGCCAUAUAUUCCAAUCAUGCCUAGCUUCACCCAAAACCAGGAUACAUCGUACCCCCAGAGUUCUGCAAAUCUGGUACCAACAUUUGAUAUGAGUAGUUUUAAUGCUCCAAUACAGCCCCCACCAUUAGUGGGUUCCACGGGACUGCCUGUUGUGACACCUGUUUCUCUCCCUGGCAUGCCCUCUAUAACUGUUAGUGCCACUUUGCCGGUAACCACAAUGCAAGAAAUACACCAACAACAAGCCUAUCAACAACAAGACUUACUAUCAUAA